UGGGAUAAAGAGAAUGGGAUUGCUAAUUUCUACUAGAGAAUCCGAAUCAGAAUCGAGCUGGAAGGGACCUUGGAGGUCCACUAGUCCAGCCCCCUGCUCAAGCAGGAGAUCCUAUACCAUUUCAGACAAGUGACUGUCCAGUCUCUUCUUUAAAAACCUCCCAUCUUUUCCCAGCAGCCUUGGGGCUGCGCCUGACUUCAGUUCCCCAGGGUGCUGGCUGUGGAUGAUGGAGGCUGAAUUCAUAUGGGAGAAGGAAAGCGGUUCUAAGUGCACCCGCCUGUAUAUUAGGAACGCCCGUGGAUGGCAGUUAAAGGCUCACCAAGGCCAUUUCUGAGUGCAGCCGUGUUCAAAAAGAAGAUCAAAACGGAAACAUUCUGUUCUUCCAGCUUGCCAAGCUUAUUUAUAGGCGCAGAGAAGGCAAUAAAUCUCCUCGGGAGAAGUGAUAGUCUGGUGGGAACUCUGGUUGAUGAGGCUGGAGUCUGCCUAAUCGAGACUGGGGAGAGCUUCACAGGGGUGAUGAGGGCUUCAUCCUUUUAGAAGCUGGGAAAUACAAAUUCCCUUUCAGUUUUCAACUUUCUCUCCACCCCUUGGCGACCUCUUUCACAGGGAAGUUUGGCAGCAUUCAGUACUUUGUGAACGUAACCCUGGAAAGCGCCACGGCCCCCCCUCAGUCUGUGUCGAGAGAGUUUCAAGUGAUCAGCCACAUUGAUGUCAAUUCUCCUGCUCUCCUGAGUCCUGUAAGACAAACUCAAGAUAAAAUGGUCGGGUGCUGGUUUUUCACUUCGGGUCCCGUUUCUUUGAGUGCCAAAAUCGAUAGGAAAGGGUAUUGUAAUGGUGAAGUUAUACCAAUUUAUGCAGAAAUUGAAAAUUGUUCUUCUCGGUUAAUUGUGCCGAAAGCUGCCAUCUUCCAAAUACAGACUUACGUGGUUAGAGGGAAAACAAAGACUUUCCGUCAAAUGGUUGCCAAUGUGCGAGGAAACCACGUUGCCUCAGGAAGCACGGAUACCUGGAACGGCAAAACUCUGAAAAUCCCACCUGUCACUCCUUCGAUCUUUGACUGCUGUAUUAUCAGAGUUGAAUAUUCCUUGGCUGUAUAUGUUCAUAUUCCUGGUGCCAAAAAGCUGAUGGUUGAACUGCCUUUCGUCAUUGGCACAAUUCCAUGUACUGCUUUUUCCAGCAGGAACUCCAGCCUUGUCAGCCAGUUGGCUAUGGAUAUGAGGUGGUUGGCUCAGACCCUGCCAGAUCAUCCAGAAGCACCACCCAAUUAUGCUGAUAUAGUAUCAGAGGAAGAAUACGCAAGACACGUCACUGUUUAUCCGACUUCAGCCAAUUGCGACGAACAGCUGCAUUGUCCUGUGCUCGCCUACAUACAGGAAUUCCGAUUUCAGCCGCCCCCUCUUUAUUCAGAGAUUGACCCCUACCCUGCUGGAGUGCAAGACAAUCAGCCCGUUUCCCUCGUGGAUUGAGGGUGAUUCCAAAAAGCCUCAUCUUGACUAGAGAAAACACCUUCAUUUGGGUUUUUUUUCCUCCCGCCUCUGCUUGAAGCUUCUUCUUUUCUUCUUCCUCUUCUUCUUCUUCUUCCUUCUUCUUCUUCUUCUUCUUCUUCUUCUUCUUCUUCUUCUUCUUCUU